AGGCAGGCUUUAAAGUGACUCAAACCCUCCCAAAGACUGAGUGCAGACAGUCUCCACAGCACUAAGAAGUGGGCUUACUGUGACUGAACUGCAGCUUUUCUUGUCAACCUAAAACAAAAAACAGGAGAAAACCUUAGACUUACUGAAGACAGGCAGAUAAGGUGCUGCACACCCAGGACAAUGGGAAACUGAGCAGGCUUAGCACUUUUUACUGUAUUCAUUGUGAAGGACAGAGGAGCAAGGACAAACUGGAGGAUACUAGAGAUUAUAUUACCAUGGAAACCAAAAGCUGGAAGCGGACACAAGGACCACUGAAGGUGGAUGAGCUCCCUUGAAUGUAUCUUCACGUCGUUAUCCUGCUGCACACUGUGGUGAGAGAAUGCUGUGGAGAAUCACCAUCCCCAUCCUCUUUGCUGGGUUCUUCUGCGUCAUUGCAGAGGCCAAAAAGCUCCGGCCCCAAGGCUCAAUACCAUCCCCACACAAGGCCAAAGGAAACCUGUCUGCAGAUCACCCCCACAGACUUUUGCAGCAGAAACCAGAAGUCCUGUCCUCCAGCCGAGAGGCCCUAGUUGUGACUGAGCGGCGUUACCUCCGAAGAGACUGGUGCAAGACACAACCCCUUCGCCAGACAAUCAGUGAAGAGGGUUGCCGCAGCCGCACUGUGGUCAACCGCUUCUGCUACGGCCAGUGCAACUCCUUCUACAUCCCACGGCAUCUGGGUCCCAGCUCGAGUCAUGGACACAGUCGAGGUCAAGCUUCAGGGUCGGGAAGAAAGGGCCACAAUAAAGCCCAGGAGCCCUUCCAGUCCUGCUCCUUUUGCAGGCCGCAUCGCAUCACACAGCUCACAGUGCAGUUAGACUGCCCAGAUCUGCAGCCCCCCUUCAGACAUCGCAAGGUGCAGAGAGUCAAACAGUGUCGAUGCAUGUCUGUGGAUGUGACCGGUCAUGGAAAACUGUGAAGGACUACCUUAAAAGAUUUUUGUUGUCAGAUUACUUGCCAAAGUAAGGGGUGAGGAACAUUGUCAAGUCAUAGUAAAAAUGGCUUGUCCAACAAAAACUGAACAUAAGAAACCUGUGUGAUAAAGGCAGCAUUGAACUAAUCAGAGAUUUGCGGCCAAGAUGUCUCAUCACUUUAGAAAUUAUUUUUGUUCAAGUUAAAGUUGGUAUUCCGCCGUCUGGGUGGAACAGUGGGUAUGUUUUGUCUCCCAGCUGUAACAAAUUUUAUAUUUUGAAGGGAUACAAGUCUAAUGGACACAGGGUGAUCAUGCUGACCAUUGCAUCUUAAAAUUAUAUUUUCUGAGCAGUGCAACUAGUUUGUUUCUUUGAUAUGAACUGUUUCAUUGCAAAUGAACUGACAUUUACCUUGCCAGUUUUCGCCUUGUGUGCAGUCAUACCAUUACUUUUCAGCAUCUUGAUUGAACUGAAGCUGCGUUGAGUUGAUAUAGAGAAACUUCAAGUGCCACGACAGUGGCUUCAACUUGUUGGGACUCAAGCUUUGGCUGCAAGUUGAGCAAAAUAUACUGCAGCUUGUGUAAUGGUUGUGCAAUGAAAUGUAUACAGUAUGACAUAUGUAUGUGUGUAAGUAUAUUUCUUUAAAAUAUAUUAAAUCUAUUUCAUAUAAAACAACUCCCUUUAGCGUGCAUGCACUUGUGUAUCAAAAGAGGACAAUGUUAAAUAACCAGCGGUUUCAAUGCAAAUUUAUAUAUUUGAUUUUAUUCAAUAAAUAUCACUUUUUAUGUU